AAAAUGCUAGAAACCAGUGGAAAGAACAAUGUAAUGGAUAUUCAAUUGGAGAAGACUAACUGUUUAUUAAAAAUAAUGCAGUCAAAGGAAGUGUCAGUUAAAGAAGAAUGUACUACUCUUCAUAAUGUGAUAAAAGGGCUACAGCAGACCAUUGAAUAUCAACACAACUUGAAAGGUGAAAAUGAACAACUAAAAAGAAAUGCUGAGCUUAUGAAAGAGAAGUUUAAAUCUCAUGAACAGGAAUAUAAAAAUAAUAUUGCCAAACUUAUAAGUGAAAUGAAAAUCAAAGAGGAGGGACAUAAGGUAGAAAUAAGCAGGCUUUAUCAGGAUUUGCAGAAAAAAGUUGAAUUAAAUGAAGAAAAACAUAGAGAACUAAUAGAGAAAAAGGAGGUGGAAAUUUCAGAGUUAAAUGCAAAAUUAAGAACUCAAGAAAAAGCAAAACAAAAUGAAAUAAUCAAGCUGCAUCUAGAGUUUGAUGCCAAACUAGCAAGAGUUCAGACGAAAUCAAAAUCAUAUGCAGAUGCUUCUGUUUUGCCACAGAGUAUCUACAGAAGGAAGCUUCAACAUCUUCAAGAAGAAAAAAAUAAGGAGAUUGCAAUUCUUCGUAGUACCAUUUGCGACUUAGAACAACGCCUUUCUAUUAACAAAGAUUCACACCUUAAGCGUAGACGGUUUUGAACACAGCAGUAAAUUCAUUAGUUAUUA